AUGGCCUUCCGAGCAUUGGUGGUGGGCGGGACGAACGGCAUAGGCUACGCGAUGGCCUGCCGCGUCGCUGCCGAAGCCAGUACAAGCAACAGCAACAGUAACAACAACAACUCCUCGCCGUCUGCAGUCAUCAUCAGUGGCAGGACGAAGCCCACCAACAUUCCGCACGCGAACAUGGAGUUUCGACGGCUGGACGCGACUUCGAUGCACCAGAUCAAGCAAUACACCGAUACCUUCAAAUCAGGAUUGCAGGACAAGCCGGACCAGAAACUCGACCUCCUCAUCAUGACCCAGGGCAUCAUGAAUACGGCAGGGCGGACCGAGACUCCCGAGGGGGUCGAUCGCAAGAUGGCGCUGCACUAUUACGGGAAGCAGCUCCUGAUACGUGAACUGAUGCCGGCGUUGAAGGAGGAUGCAAAGGUCGUCGUCGUGUUUGACUCGGUUUACGGCAGGCCGUCCAAACUGGAUUGGAACGACCUCGAUCUCAAGAAGCACUUUAGUUUGAGCAAGGCGGCAAACCACUGCAUGGUGAUGAACGAUGUCAUGGUCCAAUUUUACGCCGCCCAACAACAGCAACAGCAACAGCAGACAACUUCCACCACCGCCACUCCCAAUCGACGCCAUUUCGUGCAUGCCUGGCCCGGCGCCGUGGAUACGAAUCUCUUCACGGAACUCCCGUGGUAUCUGCAGCCGGUUUUGCGGCUUGCGGCUCUUCUUCUCGCAGUGUCACCGGACACGUGUGCAGAGCGUCUGCUGAACGGAUUGGCCGAUUGCUCAACGGCAGGCAACAAGGAUGGUCGAUUUUGGAGCCACAUGGACAACAAGGGGCACCUCGUUGCGAACAAAACCAUUUGGAGCGAGGAUCAGAUGAAGAAGGUGGCAGAUCACACCUGGGCGAUUGUCGAUGGGGCAAUUGCACAAGGUAGCUCUUGA